AUGGGGUGUCGCUCGACGAAAGCGGCGGCGCCCGAAGUUCGUGGCGCCGGCCGUUUUCCGCCGCGAGACACCCACCCGACGCGCACGAGCAGCGCUGCCAUUGCAGCAGCUCGAGAAGCGAACGUCGCGGAGCCGUCUGCGGCCGAGAAGCGCGCGCGAGCGGCCGACGCUGCAGCUGCCCGUCAACGGGACUGGCGACAGGGCGGCCACGUGGACCCGGAGAAGGCGCGGAGUGCAGCGCAGCGGCGGGAGAAAGACGAGCUGCUCUCGAGGAUUUACAGUCGGUACGUGGCGCUGGGGAAAGAGGCGCCGAUCGGGUUGCCGUCGUGCGACAUGGAGCAGCUGCGCCGCCACCUCGAGACGCUGCGCUAA